AUGUCCAAAGUCGUUUCUUUCAACGCCGCCGACAAGCAGACCUCAAACAUCCCAUCCAGCAAAAUCCUUCUCGCAACACUAGCAGCGCUCAUCGCCAUCGCCCUGGCGCUCUUCACGCCCCUCCGCAGUUUUGUCCCGAGCAGACUGCAUCCCAGAAUCUCGGCUCUCCGCACAAUGGCCACCACCACCACCACAACAGCGCCGAGCGGCAACACCAAAGCCUUUGGCCCCGCCGCCCCUCCUUCCACCAUGAAGCUCACCCGCCGCCCUUGGAACGAGCGCGGCCACGCCGACCACGGCUGGCUGUACACGUACCACACCUUCUCCUUCGCGUCGUACUGGUCGGCCGACCACGAGGCCUUCGGCCCGCUGCGCGUCAUCAACGAGGACCGCGUCGCGCCGGGCACGGGCUUCGGCGCGCACUCGCACGCCGAGUUCCUCAUCUGGAGCUACGUCGUCGGCGGCGAGCUCGAGCACAAGGACUCGAUGGGCAACCUCGAGCGCCUGCGCCGCGGCGACGUGCAGUUCACCAGCGCCGGCACCGGCAUCCGCCACUCCGAGUUCAACCGCAACACCGACGCCGAGGUGCACUUUUUGCAGAUCUGGGCCCGUCCCGCCGUGCGCGGCUUGACGCCCGCGUACACUACCCGCACCUUCCCCGACGAGCUGAAGGUGAACAGGUUGUGUCGGGUUAUGGAGAGCGUGGGGAGGCAUGGUGGGGGGGAUGGUGAGAGCGAGCCGAUCCCGCUGCAUGCGGAUUUGAGUAUGAGCGCGUCGUUGUUGGAGCCGGGCGUGAAGGUGAGGCAUCGGCUUGUUGCUGAUGGGGAGCGGAAGGUCUACUUGCACGUGGUCAUGGCUGGGAGAGAGCAGCCGAAGGAGGGCGGUGCCGCCAUCAGGGUGGGGGAUAAGGUGUUGAGGGAGGGAGACGGUGCUUAUGUUGAGGGGCUGAAGGGCCCGGGAGAGGUCGUGGUGGAGAGUGUGGGGGACAAGAGGGCCGAGUUCCUGCUUUUUGAUAUGGAACCUUGA